AUGGAGCGCUCGUGUGGAAAAGGAAAUAUCCCUGGAAUGGAAAUUUGUAUUCUCUCUGUGGAUACCCAGAACACAAAGUGUGUGAGCUUGAAGAUUUCUAGGCAGGUGCCUGUAAAACUUGCUGUAAAGAAGGUGAAAGUGCAGUUUAAUUGCUUUGAAGUCAGUGCAGGCCAACAGCUCCAUGUGACCAUGAGGAUGAUUCCAAAUUACUGUGGAGUUCAAUUGACUGAAGAAUAUUAUGUUGAAGCUGGCAAAAUGGCAUUUGAUGUGGACAGAACAAGAAAAACCAUUUCUGUGAAUAUUUUGGAUGUUGCUCAAGGCACAGAUUAUUAUGUACGGUUAUGCCAUCAAUGGUUUGUGUGCGAGGAUGAAGGGCCAGUUACCUUGGUUCAAGGUAAGGACUUGGUGAAAUCCAUUUCCUUACUGUACACUCAGCUGCUGCCAUGUCUGUGCAUUGAGGCAUGGCCAGCGAUUUCAGAUGCACGGAGAAUGCAGUUUUGCCCAUUUAAGAACGAUACCAAGGCCUUGUGGGAUAACAUUAUUUAUAAUCCUGUCACACAAACGCUGGCAUGGGAAGCUGCCUGUCCUGUUCACGUCACUGUCAGCCUUUGUCGGCUGAUGAAGACUAAUGAUCAGUGUGUUGAUCUAGAGAACACUUCAAAUCCUGCUGCAGAGAAAGUGAAAUAUUCUCGAGUUGAUGCACACCCAAGACUUUGCAUGAAGUUUACAACUAACCACAGCUCUUGGGUUAGAUGCCCGUUUGCGAAUGGAAAUUCUCAAGCUUGGGAAAUGAGACAUGCUGUGAUGGAAGAACAGAUAGAAGUUUCCUUCACAUCACACACCAAAGCACAGUUCUCAGUCCUUGUGUGUAACAGGACUGAGUCGUCUUCAUGCAACCCUACUGGGAUACACCAGUCAGUCUCAACGGGUGGCUUAAAUUCAACAUCUGUCAACAUUUCAGGGGAAACAUGUGGCUCAAACAUCUGCAUUCAGGGUUGGAGGACAGAUGUGGACUAUUCUAUUCCUUCAUACAUUUGUAAUCUUCCAUGCACCUCUUCUACUCAGAGUCAAGAACAGUAUGAAAAGUCCUUAAGUAUCCUAUCUAUAGUAGCAUUACUUGUCAUACUUGUAACCAUGAUGGCUCUCCUUGGACACAAACUUUUGCCAGGUACUCAUCCAUGUAAAGAAGAAAACAUAAAAUCUAAGAAUGAAUUCACGUUGCAGGAGAGACUUGAUCUGCUAAAAUUAGCAGGUGAAACUUUGCAGGGCAUGGGAAUAAGCAUGAUUAGUCUUACUGUGACUAAUGUUCAGUAUCAUUCUGAUGUCAAGGAGGCCUAA